UUUUUUUUUUUCUUUUCUUUAUCUGUAUUAAAUGUGAGAUACUAAAAUCGGAAAAUAGCCUCACUGCUAAUUUGCUACCGCCUUUGUUUGUUGUUCUUCAUUAUCACCAUUCAGAUUCCUCAGAUUUGCUUCAAGAAUUGCAAAUUUGUUUUUGAAAAAUACCUCCUUGAAAUAUUAUUAGCCUCACAAAUUUCCAGAACAAUUUCUAGUGAAAUUAUAUUUUAACAGGAGGCAGAAAUCCCACAAAAUAUACCUCAUUAUCUACAUAUCUCUGAGCUCUCGAAUGUAUACAUUUCAGAAAUACAUACACUACCUUUUUGGGUAAAAAAGCCUAUCGAUGUAUAUAUUUGUAUAUGUUUUUCAUGUAUGUAUUGAUAUAUACAAUUGCACACGAGCAGAGCAGACAUAAUUUAUGAAGAAUUAAUUACUCUUGGAAUGAAUUGUGCAAGGAGAGCUGCCCAUUGAGCUGAAGCGGUGUCGGUGUAAUCUCGAUUUUUGUUUGAUUUUAUUGGUGAAUUUCUGGUUAGUUUGGAUCAGAGGCUGAAUUUCUGUGCGUUUCGGGAAGGUAUAAUUUCUGAAUUUGUGUUUUAGGGGAAUUUGAUUUUCGUAUGAGCUGUGAUUUAGCUAGGGUUUCAAGUGAUGGUGGUGUCAGGGAAUGACCCGUUGGAGUCGUUUUUGAAUUCGAUUCAAGUUGUUAGGAACGCCUUUUCUCCUAUAGAAUCGAAUUUUCAGAAGGUUACCAAAAAUUUCGAGCAUUGUUUUAACGGGGCUUCAAAGAAUCGGAACUUGAACGGUAGGUUGGAUGAUGCUAGUAAUGAGGUGGUGGCAGCUCAGUUGGAUUUGAAGAAGAAGAGUGGUCAACAUGUUGAUGGAAAUGGCGGUGAUGGGAGGAAAAAGAGAGUUCCGAUCAAGAUAUUUGUUGGAGUGUUUAAGGAUAAAGGUGUAAGUAGUGUGCAUAGUAACGUACAUGUUAGUCGCGAUGACAAUGUAAAUUUGUCGAGGAAAGGGUUGAAAGAGAGGUAUGGGUAUGAUACUGGUGGUAAUGAGGAUAAGAGCUUUCAUGGGAACUGUCUACAUCUUGAUGUGGCAUUGUCGUUUUUGAUAAAUGGCUUUGUACAGGCUCUCCCAAGAUCAUUCAAGCACGAGAAGAGGCAGGUUCAUAAGAUGAGUAAUGCGGAUAAAGAGUCUCGUGUGAAAGCUGAAGUGAAAUCGAGGGUUGGUAGUGAGAUUAAGCAGGAGUUGAAGGUUAAAGAAGGGAAAGAUUUGCCUUUUGAGUACUUUAUAGGGUUUGUAGUUGAUCAGUUCAACAAUUUCCCGAAAUUUGAUGUGGGUGUUCAGGAAAAUGAGUGUAAGAGUGCUGAGUGUAAACCUUCGCCUGCACCAGUUAAUCAGUUUGACCAUUUUAAGGCAUUUUUUAGUAUUUUAGAAGGUAAAAGAGCAGAUGUGAAUGGGUUUUUUGGGAAUUUGAAGUUUGCUCGUGUGGGAGGAGUUCCAUCAAGUAUGGUUGGAGUGCCUUCGGUGAAGGAUGUCGGAGAUGAUGGCAUUAAUAAUGCUGUUAAUCAGGAAGAAACUGGAGGCAUUUCACCGCAAAAAUUAGCCAAUGGCUUGCUAAGUAUUCCUAUGUCCAAUGUUGAGCGUUUGAGGUCGACUCUGUCAACUGUUUCAUUGACAGAGUUGAUUGAGCUUUUACCACAGAUUGGGCGACCUUCCAAAGAAUCCAAAGAAGAUCAUCCUGACAAGAAAAAACUUAUUUCCGUCCAGGACUUCUUCAGAUAUACUGAAGCUGAAGGAAAGAGAUUUUUUUUUGAAUUGGACAGAGAUGGUGACGGGCAAGUUACCCUGGAAGAUCUUGAAGUUGCCAUGAGAAAGAGAAAACUACCUAAGAGAUAUGCCAAUGAGUUCAUGCGCCGUGCUAGAAGCCACUUGUUCUCAAAAUCUUUUGGUUGGAAACAGUUUUUGUCCCUGAUGGAACAGAAAGAGCCUACCAUUCUUCGGGCUUACACCAGUCUCUGUUUGAGCAAGUCUGGGACUCUAAUGAAAAGUGAAAUUGUGGCGUCACUGCAGAAUGCAGGACUGCCUGCGAAUGAGGAUAAUGCUGUUGCAAUGAUGCGUUUUCUGAAUGCUGAUAUAGGGGAAUCCAUAUCGUAUGGGCAUUUCCGGAACUUCAUGCUUUUACUCCCAUCUGAACGACUUCAAGAAGAUCCAAGAAGCAUUUGGUUUGAAGCUGCUACUGUAGUUGCUGUACCUCCACCGGUAGAAAUACCAGCUGGCAGUGUUCUAAAGGCAGCACUGAUUGGAGGGCUUUCAUGUGCUAUGUCUACAGCUUUAAUGCAUCCUAUUGACACGAUUAAGACAAGAGUUCAAGCUUCAACACUCACCUUUCCAGAAAUUCUAGCCAAGCUUCCUCAACUCGGAGUCCGGGGUCUGUAUAGGGGUUCUGUUCCAGCCAUAUUGGGGCAAUUUUCUAGUCAUGGCCUCCGAACAGGAAUUAUGGAAGCAAGCAGGCUCGUCUUGAUAAAUUUUGCACCAACACUUCCCGAGUUACAGGUUCAAUCUUUGGCGUCAUUCUGUAGCACAGUUCUCGGAACAGCAGUCCGUAUUCCAUGUGAGGUGUUGAAGCAAAGGUGUCAGGCUGGUCUAUUUGAUAAUGUGGGUGAAGCUAUUGUUGGGACAUGGCAGCAAGAUGGUCUCCGGGGGUUUUUCCGUGGGACUGGUGCAACUCUCUGCCGAGAAGUUCCAUUCUACGUUGCUGGCAUGGGCCUUUAUGCUGAAUCCAAGAAGGCUGUCCAACGGCUUCUGGAACGAGAGCUAGAACCUUGGGAAACUAUAGCCGUUGGGGCUUUAUCCGGUGGACUGGCUGCGGUCUUGACAACUCCCUUUGAUGUCAUAAAGACGAGGACAAUGACCGCUCCUCAGGGGCGCUCCGUGUCACUAUCAAUCGUAGCUUUCUCAAUCCUGCGUCACGAAGGGCCUCUCGGACUAUUCAAGGGUGCUGUACCCCGUUUCUUCUGGAUUGCUCCUCUAGGCGCCAUGAACUUCGCGGGCUAUGAGCUUGCGAGAAAGGCGAUGGACAAAAACGAGGAAACCAGUGAGCCCCUUCUGCAGAAAUAGAUAAACCAGUACUGGUAAGUUCCACCAGAUUUUUGUUUGUCAUAUGAAAGCUGCCUGAAGAAUUUUUUUCUUCUUUUUUUGGAGCUGUUUCUUAGAAUACAGGUAGCUGUUCAAUUCGUCGAAAAAAUUCUGUUUUUUUUAAUAACUUUUUUCGUUUAUGCUCAGUUUUUCCUUGAUAUGAAAAACUAGCUUUCAAAAUCGGAUUCAUCGGUGAAACUUGCAUUUGCCGGUGUAUAAAAUCUGUUUUUGUGCAAUAGUCUGCAAACUUUAUUUGCAUUCUCGUUUCCUUCUUUGUGAGGAGACGAGGAAUGUUUGAUCCAGUAUGAAUUAUUCAGAGACUUGUGUGGA